AGAGAUCAGCAGUAUUUACUAUUUACCGAGGUAAUAGGAAGUUUUGAAUAAUUGAAAGUAAAAACAAAAAGGGGGAGGGCGAGAAGGAGAAGAAGCGAUUGAGUCCAAGCAGGCAUCGCCUCUUACGUCUCCUUUUCUUCAAUUAAACCAUAACUUAAGAAACCUCCCGACUCUCUUUUUCUUCUUUAUCAUAACACCCGGAAGCGAAAGAAACCACAAUCUGAAACCCAUUCGGAACUUUUAGAUUAAUCAGACAAUCUGAUACAGUGAUAUCAUAACUUCACAAAAUUUAUCUAUUUUUUAUAUAGAUAAAUAUUUGCCUUUUCGUGUGGGGUUUAAUUAUAUUAUAGUUUAUAGUGAUGAUUUGAGCUGGGCAUUGACGCACUCAGUCGCACAGUGAUUCCUUUCUUUGGCAGUAUGCAGAAUGGACUUGCUUAGGAUCAACUUAUACAAAUGAUGUUUAGUGGUUCGAAAGCUGCUCAUGGUCUUAACAUAUUCAAAUGGAAGUGGCGUGGUGAAUCAUCAUUAAGUACACGACUACUUGAUCACAUUCCUCCCGAGAUUGAGUUGUCUGACUAUCACAGAGCACCAAGUCCAAGUAGUGAAAGUCCAUCGGGCCUUCUUAAUGAUGAGAGCUUUAAGGUUGAACAUAUUUCCGAUCUAGACCUCUUCUUUGAGAGGCUAUACUGCUACUACUGUGAAAAAGGUCUAUGGUGCAUCAUCAUCAAAUGGGUUUUUGAGCUUUUUGGCCUGGCAUUCACCAUUUGCUUUUCUGGAUUUUUCUUACUAUUUGUUGAUUGGAGUGGGCUUCGAAGCGCCAAGUGUGGGAUGGAUGCUGUAGAAUCUGGGAUAAAGCCUUGUGAUCUGUCUAAGGAAGCUCUUCAUCACCAUCCAUUGUCUCCCUUCACAAUUUCUAAAGCCAUUGUUGUUGGUUACCUUGGCAUAUUUUCAAUAUACUGGAUCUUUUGCUUUUUAAGAUUCUUUGCUCAGCUCAAGAACACCUUGAUAAUUCGUGACUUUUACUAUAACAGUCUCCACGUCACCGAUGAUGAGAUACAAACCAUGCCCUGGCCAUCGAUUCUUGAUAAAAUUGUUAAAUCACAGAAUUCACAACAACUAUGUGUGAGCAGAGAUCUUUCGAUCCAGGAUGUUGUAAUGCGAUUGAUGAGGAAAGAAAAUUAUUUGAUUGGAAUGGUCAAUAAAGGAGUUCUUGCCUUUCCUAUUUCUCCAUGGGUACCUGGUGUCGGUCCUGUCAAAUUUUGCGUAGAUGGUGUUCAACAUCGUCUUAUACUAACAAAGACCCUCGAGUGGACACUGAAUUGGUGCAUAUUGCAGACCAUGUUUGAUAAAAGCUAUUGUGUACGGAAGGAUUUUGUCUCUGAUCCUAAAACAUUAAAGAAAAGGCUUAUGAUUGUGGGGAUUGCAAUGUUUUUGGUUUCUCCAUUUCUUGUGAUAUUCAUGCUGGUUUAUCUCUUCCUGAGGCAUGCUGAACAGUUUUACAAUCAUCCUAGCACGGCAUCAUCUCGUAGGUGGUCCACGCUGGCCAAGUGGAUAUUUCGGGAAUACAAUGAGGUUGACCAUCUAUUUAAGCACAGGAUGAACACCAGUAUAGUACUUGCAUCUGAUUAUCUGAAGCAAUUCCCCUCUCCUAUUAUAUCGUUGAUCGCAAAGUUCAUCUCAUUCGUUUCUGGUGGAUUUGCUGCUGUUCUUAUCAUCAUUGCUUUCCUGGAUGAAUCUCUGCUGGAAGGCCAUAUUUUUGGCCGAAACUUGUUAUGGUAUGGUGCUGUUUUUGGAGCAAUUACAGCCAUAAGCCGUGCUGCAGUGACAGAUGAACUUCUUGUGCAUAGUCCGCAUGAGGCAAUGUCACUAGCAGUCCAACACACACAUUAUAUGCCUAAGAGAUGGCGGGGGAAAGAAAAUACUGAAGGGGCCCGCUCCGAGUUUGAAACUCUAUUUCAGUACACUGGCAUGAUGUUGCUGGAAGAGAUGGUUUCAAUCUUUCUUACACCCUACCUACUUUUAUUUGUUGUUCCGAAGAGAGUGGAUAAUGUUCUCCAGUUCAUUACAGAUUUCACUGUAGAUGUUGAAGGUGUUGGGAAUGUAUGCAGCUUUAGUGUCUUCGACUUUAGAAACCAUGGAAAUAGCAAAUAUGGUUCACCAUUUAAUACUCCACAAACCAGGAGGAGUUCCCAGGGGAAACUGGAAAAAUCAUUUCUGAGCUUUCACAAUAGCUACCCUUCAUUGGAACCUAAUGCUGAUGGGAAGCAAUUCCUUUUGACAUUGAGAGCCUUCAGAGAACAGAGAUUGUAUGGGCAUGAAAUGAUGAGACGAGCUCCAUAUCCACCUAUGAACUUUCGCCCACCAUGGAAUCUCAACUCGAGAGGCUCAAGUGACGACAGGAAUGGCUACUUCCCCCCCACCAACAGCUUGGGGGAUGGAAGAUUUCCUUAUAUUCUUGACCAUUAUUACACAUUAUACACGGCUAAUUCUCUGAGUGAUGCCCAACCUGAUCACUUUGAUGUGGGGCCUGAAGAUGCUUGGGCCCAGCCCGGUUAUGCGCAAAACGAAUUUGAUGAUAGGUCACGGAGUUACCUCUACACUUCAACAUCGGCUCCUCUCAUUCGGGAAAGUGUGCUUCUUCAUCACCGUCAUCAUCAUCAAGAUGAUGAUGAUGAUGAUGUGGAACCAUCUGUUGCGAGACGGGACUGGUGGGCCAGGAGUAGACCACAAGUGCUGGGGCCACGGACAAGCUUUCUCGAACCUCCUACUUCUGAACGUGGCAGUGGCGGCCCUCAAACAAGCUUUUUGGAGCCACCUCCCACUUUCAACCAUCCCAACCCUCACGAUUAUUAUGAAAACUUCUCGGACAAAAGUGCAGAGGAGGAUAAGCAGGAAAAUCUGGAUUUGAGGAGCGGAUCAAAUAGAGCGAUGAUGGGUACGUUCUUCAUGGAAGAAUCUGUUGGAGAAUUCAAUCUCCCCUUUGAUGAUAUUUAUAGAAGGCGUUUGGCAAGCCCGAGUCGAAGCAUGGAUCCAGCAGGUUUUGUGUGAUGCCCUUCUCUUAUUGUUUUGUCUAACAGAAAGUGUGCGAUAUGUUGUUCUUUAUUGUACAUAAACAAACACUAAAGUUAGUGUUGGGGGGAGGACUUGGGUAUUGGUUCAGUCUGUCAAUCCUUUUGCAAAUGUAAAAACACAUCCCUCCUAUCAAUAGAUGGUUCUGUUCGUUAGUCCAAAUUUUCUUCAUAUUAGUUGCUAUACACCA